AUGGCCCAGAUGUUUUCCAACAACUUGAUACAACUGGGACUUCUUUAUCUGAUACCUCUCCAUCUCCUAGAGCUUUGCAGUGCUUUUGUGAUUGUCGAUUUGGCCUCAAAGUUAGGAGGAAAAGGGAAGUCCGGGGAGGUAUCUGGUGGUGGCAGUGUUACCAGAAUGGUGCGCUUCAGAGGAACUCUUGUCACAUCCAUCUGGGUACUUUUCUUAUCAACUUGUACUGUAGUUGGAUCAAUAUGGUUAGUCUCAGUAUACUAUGUUUUAUUGAGAAACUUUGGGUACUAUAAUGCAUAUUGUAGAGUGCUAUACAAGGCAGCUUGUAUGGCACUGCUAGCAAAUUACUUGGAGUGGGGUGCUAUAUGGAACAUGAGCAUUGUAAUUUCAAUACUGGAGAACAGACAUGGGGCUAAUGCACUCAUGUUCUCAGCCUAUCUAAGCAGAGGUAGAGAACGGCGGCAAGGACUUGUUUUGAUGCUUAUUUUCGGUGUUUGGGGACUCGGUUUAAGGCUGGCAUGCCUCUUCUUUAAAUGCUAUGAAGGAAAAGGCGGAAUUGUUGCUCAGAUGGGCCUUUUCUGUACCGGCAAUGUGGUGAAGUGGGUUGCGUACAUGAUUUAUUCCUACAAUUGCAAAAGCCUGAUCUCAGAGAAGAGAGUUGAUGUGGAAAUUGGACUAGUUGAGAAGUAA